AUGCAAGUCGACUUUGGCGAAGACGUAGAGUCUGAGCACAAUCUACACCUCACACCCAGCGCCCACUACGAGCACGCGGGGAGCGGCGGUAGUCCAGCCUACUCGCCCUUCCGGCACGCAAGCGGCCCUGGUGUACCAGCAAUUGAUCCGGGACUGGACCAGAGCACAGGUGCCAACCGGAAUGGACAAGUGCCCAUGUCGUCGUCUGUCCCUCACCACCAGUCUGCCCCAAACCACCUACUUCAGCCUGACAAUGCCGGGCACCUCUCUCACGGCUUCUAUGGCGACAUGGCGCGCACCUCGCAGACUCCCCCGGCGUCCUCGAAUGCCUCACCACGCUUCUCUGCCAUAUCUCCCACGAGCCAGCCGAAGCAGGUAGCGUCGAGCUAUGCGCCUGACGAUCGCUCUCCUCCGCCGCGCGACGUAUCCGACGACACGAUUGACGAUGCUUACGCGAGCUUCAUACUAUAUUGUAAUCCCAAUUUCCCGACGUCCAUCGGCACGUCUGAACUGGUAAAGCUAUUCAGAAUGCCGCCAAAAAGCGAUGGGAACGCUUUUAGUACAUGGACAUUGUUUGAGCUCAUUCGAAAGUUUGACGCAAAAGAGAUCAAGACGUGGACACAGCUCGCGUUGGACUUGGGCGUAAAGUCGCCAGAUACCGACAAGGGACAGAGUACGCAGAAGGUGCAGCAGUACUCUGUGAGAUUAAAGCGAUGGAUGCGCGCAAUGCAUAUCGAUGCUUUCUUCGAGUACCUUCUUAGCAAGCAGCAUCCCUACUAUCUUCAGAUACCACCACCACAUGAUCCAUUUCCGAACGAAGGACGAGAUGGCGUUCCACUAGAGGAGGAUCUAGCCAUAAGAGCACUUGAUCCAAGUUUGAAGCCAAAGCGUGGGCGUCGGAAAGCCGAUGAAGGGGACGAAGAUAUGGACAUCGACGACGGCACACCCGCACGCAAACGACCUCAAUUGGAUACAUCAAUCCCUUUUGGCAACGCAUUACAGCCUCAAUCAGCAUACCCUACAAGUGCCCACCCAGAUCACAUGAGUGGAUUCCUAACCCCUCAAGAUCCAUGGACGGCAGCGUCAUCAGGCAUGACGCCCUCUUCAGCCAUGACCGUAGCCUCAGCGCCGGGCCGUAUGGGCCAGAAGAACUUGACGCCAUACUCAGCGUCGCCAAUGUCAGGACAACAUAUACGAUGGCGACUCAACACGCAAGACACUCCUCAGACACCCCACCCACUUUCAGCAGUCACGCCGCAGUCUGCAUACCCUUUUUUCGACGAACCUCAAUCCGCUGUGACACCUUCUAGUGCAAGGCCGCGUGUUAGGAGGCGUCAUGGACCGGCUGUAUCAUCAGCUUGGUCGAGUAAUAACAGCUCAUCUACUGGAAAGCUACGAGGUCGACCGCCUAGUAAUCGCUCGGUUCGGGAUGGUCCUUUCGUCACAUUCCCCGCGAACCCCAAGACUAGAGAAGGGCCACAUAUUGAUAGAAAUGCUGGCAGCCUGACACCCAUUGUAGAAAGGGCGCAGUCUGACCCUCCAGCUCCCGAUCAAAUCUUCCGUUUUCCACCGACUCCAUCGUCUGCUGUUUCGCCAUCUAAAAUGGAGGGUUCCUUAUCUGGUGGGCUUCAGAAGCAACGCCUCAGCCUCCAGGUCCCGCAAAAUGUUGGUAACCCAGUGCGACUGGUCACUCCGACUGUGCUUGUGAAUGGAGAGGUGAAUCAAUCCCCCGGUACUGGAUUGACACUAUCGGUGAUGAGCGCUGGCGAAGGACGAAACUCGCCUACACACAAGUAUGAGCAACAUGGUGGGCCGACUCAUCAGACAUAUCAUGGUGCUCUAACCCCGUCUGAGACACCAGCACAGCACCGGCCUCCCCCACCGCUGCGAUCACAAACUCAACCAACUCCUUCGACGUCAUCCUUGCCUCCAGUACCGCUUGAGACGAUCAAUCGUGCAUUGGCGGCAGAGCUCAUCCGCGCUCCUCUUACAGGUCGGCGAAAACGACUUCGAGGUACCGAAGCAAAGACCUUGGCAUCUGCGAUCUUGCAACCACUAUAUACCAAGUCUACGGGAGCCGUGGCCCCGACGAAAGAAAUGAGCGACCAGGCCCUGGGGAUUGCAAUCAGCAGUUGUCUAGGCCUGACAAGUGCUGUUGGCAUCGGCACUGGAGGACCCAGUGGCGGGGUCAGGCGAGUGGAGUGUAUUCGGUUCCGCAUUGGAGGUGACGGCUACGAGAGCCCGAUAGAAGAAGAAGACGACGACGAUGCAGACGGUAUGCAUAAUAGCGGAAGCAUCAAAGAGACGUUUGAUGUCUUCUUUGCUGUAUCCUUCGGUGGGCUCACGGGCGAGUGGAUAGCCAAGGGUCUCACGGCUACCACUAGCGAUAACGACCUCGACUUGGCGAAUCCUCUCCGCGGCGGCCUCUCGGAACUAGAGCGCCAGAAUCCCGAUCAGCACACGCCUGCUGCGUGGAAGUCAAAGUUCCUCGAAGCCCAAAGGAAGUUGUGGGAGACUCAAGAGGAGGUUAAGAGCUUGAAGGAUAAGAUACUCGAAGCUGUGCUGUAG